CCUAUCUUUCAAAUGAAAUUCAUGAGUGAUAUUUUUCGUGGAGCAAAUGUGAGCGCCAUAGACGGAGUGUUCGAGGCAUGGCCGUCGUCGUACCAGUCGAGUCUUCCCCGCAGACUACGGAUGCCGAACCAACUGGAGCCGAACUACUUGGACGAACCGGAGGCAUUCUCUAUCAAGCGAUUGAUCUUCAAGAUCAUCAAGAUUGGUGUGCUGCUGCUUAUUUGGGGUUUCUUCACCUACAUCCUAGUAAGGAUCUCAACGGCACCGGUUAACACAUCGGUGGUUACGGUGUUGCCCAAUGAAACGCUGCUCCGUCGGCUGCAAUUACCAAAUGAUGCCGCGAGGAUAACGCUAAGGGGUCCCAUUGAUUUGUAUCUUGGAAACACCAAGGAUACAGCCUUUGUGGGUCUGCGAGUGGAGUGGCGGGACUCGGAACUUGAAUCACCCUUCCGGCGCUCCGACAUGUGGGUAAUCUACCUCCUGGCAGACGAAAGUCGAUUCGAGGAAACGGCCAGGACCUUUGAGAUAUCGCCAACGAAAAGAAGAAAUGACAAGGCGGUGAUCUCGCUGGAGGGCAGGAACGAGGAGCCUGUUUCGCUGCUCAUGGAGGUUAACGUCUAUCCGCUGGUCACCCACCAUGGAGUCAUCUACGCCGCCCUGCUGUUGAUUGGUCUCUAUAUCCUCAUCGUCUUUGAGCUCACGGAUCGCACCUUUGCCGCUCUUCUGAUGGCCACCACGGGAAUAGCAAUCCUCACGGCGCUGGGCAAUCGACCCACGAUGCAAACGAUCAUCUCGUGGAUUGAUUUCGAGACCCUGAUGCUGCUGCUGGGCAUGAUGAUACUGGUGGCCAUAAUGUCCGAGACAGGGGUUUUUGAUUGGAUGGCCGUGCUGGCCUACAGGAUCUCCAAGGGUCAUCCCUGGCCCUUACUCAUCUUACUCAGCUCCAUUACGGCCAUUAUGUCCUGUGUUUUGGACAAUGUGACUAUGCUCCUUCUGAUGGCGCCCAUUGCCAUCCGUUUGUGCGAGGCCAUGGGUGUGCAGACUCCCCUGGUUCUAAUCAUCGUGGUCAUGUACUCGAAUAUCGGUGGCACCCUCACGCCGGUGGGUGAUCCGCCCAAUGUGAUAAUAGCCACCAAUCCCGAGGUGAUUGCCCAGGGCAUUGAUUUCCUCAACUUUGUAAUCCACAUGCUCCCCGGGGUUUUUCUGGCCAUAAUAGCGGGUUUCGGUGUCUUCUAUCUGACCAUGAGGAAGUCGCUCUUUAAGCUGCAGGAUCGACAGAUUGAGCUGGCUGCCGAAAGGGAGUCGAUGAGGCGACGGAUGAGCGCGGAGAUCACAGCUCGAGCUUCGGAAAUGCGGGAAAGACAGCCGGCAAGGCAGUGUUUAAAGCCCUCGGCCAACUAUUUUGAGACUUUAGCCCACUUGGAGGCACAUCAUCGCAUCCGGGACAAGACGCUGCUCAUCAAGUGCCUGUUCACGCUGGUCUUCGUGAUCCUCUGCUUUCUGCUGCACUCCCUGCCUUUUAUGGCCGGCGCCACCUUGGGCUGGGUGGCCAUCCUGGCGGCCUUCCUGCUCCUUAUUCUGGCCAAGAUGAACGACAUCGAGGAGAUACUCGACCAGGUGGAAUGGUCGGCCCUGCUCUUUCUGGCUGCCCUGCUCGUGUUGACCGAGGCGGUGGCCCAGUUGGGUUUCAUCCACUGGCUGAGUGAGAACACAGUUAAGGUGAUCAUGAGCGUGGAGGAGAAGCAUCAGACGACGGUGGGAAUUCUAAUAAUCCUCUGGCUAACCGCCUUUCUGGCUGCCUUUGUGGGCAACGUACCCGUGACCACGAUGAUGCUCCGUCUGACCAUCGAGUUGCAAAACAACGAGGCGAUCGGUGUGCCCCUUUCGCCGCUCAUCUGGGCCCUUUCCUAUGGCGCCUGUUUCGGCGGCAAUGGCACCCUGAUCGGCGCCUCGGCCAAUGUGAUUGCCGCUGCGAUCGCCCACCAGUAUGGCUACAAGAUUUCCUUCGUCCAGUUCUUCAUCUACGGCUUUCCCAUGAUGCUGGCCACCGUCUCACUGGCCACCGUUUACCUCCUCCUCGCCCACUCCGUGUUCACGUGGCACAAGACGUAGUCGUCCUGGGUUCCAACUCAGUUAGAAGGCCUUUCGCGGAGUUGCGAUAGAUAGGAUCUACAGUGUAUGGUCUCUAUCUAUGCGAUAGAUAGGAUCUACAGUCUAUGCUCUAUCUAGACGCUACUCCGAUAAAGGUCUCAAUAUGGAUAGCUGUGAUCCUGAGAUUUCAAAAUGGAGGAAAACCUUUUUUGGAUCGCUUAUAAAAUACCAUGUACAUUGUGUAAAGUAUAAAGUGUAAGUCUCGAUUUAUGUCGCCCAUUAAA